AUGGCACCCAACUCUAGGCCCCUGCCGAGUGGAGAUAAGCUCUCAGGGCUGCUGGAAAGGACCGGCUUGAGGAAGCGGUGCAAGAGAAGACAGAUGGAGUUAGAGAACAUACGUUUUCAGGGAGUCAGUUCACGACGAAGAGGAGACAUUCCUAUGAGCACCUGUGAAAAAGAUGUGAAGGAGUGCGUGAAGAGCCGCAAGAGGCGGAAGGGUAAAGCCGGGGCAGCAGCAGGCGGCCCCGCGGUCCUCGCCGUGUGCGUGUGCAAGAGCCGCUACCCGGUGUGCGGCAGCGACGGCACCACCUACCCCAGUGGCUGCCAACUGCGCGCCGCCAGCCUGCGUGCCGAGAGCCGCGGGGAGAAGGCCAUCACCCAGGUCAGCAAGGGCACCUGCGAGCAAGGUCCUUCCAUAGUGACGCCCCCCAAGGACAUCUGGAACAUUACUGGUGCCAAAGUGUACUUGAGCUGCGAAGUCAUCGGAAUCCCAACCCCUGUCCUCAUCUGGAACAAGGUAAAAAGGGACCACUCUGGAGUUCAAAGGACAGAACUCUUGCCUGGUGACCGGGAAAACCUGGCUAUCCAGACCCGCGGUGGUCCAGAAAAGCAUGAAGUGACUGGCUGGGUGCUGGUAUCUCCUCUCAGUAAGGAAGACGCUGGAGAAUACGAGUGCCAUGCAGCCAACUCCCAAGGACAGGCUUCAGCGUCGGCCAAAAUUACAGUGGUUGAUGCCUUACAUGAAAUACCAGUGAAGAAAGGUCAAGGUGCUCAGCUAUAAACCUGCAAAACACAUUAGCCUAUGUAGCUAAAAGUGCUUCCAGACAGCUGACAACUCUAACCCUACUCUUGCCUGACAAGUUUCUUUUAAGCUCAUCCACUAACACUUUAUUACAUCCAGCCGGUUUUACACAAUCAAAGAUAACACUACAAGACUAUCUACAAAAAUUUGUUUAUUUACAAAAAAGCAUGCAAAGCUUUAAACAAAACAAAUAAAAUUCUUAUCACAACAGUA